AGACAUUAAUAACAUUAUAGCCAAUGAACGUCCUCUGAUAGCCACAGUGAGAGCCAUUACCAAAUUGUAUGAAAAAGAAGCUCGUCUAUCUUAGUAUCACGUCUAAAAGUAAAUGAUCGUAGGCUUCUAUUUGUAAUUGUUUUUCGUUUUUAUAAACAUUUUGUUAUUUGUUCAUUUAUUCUACAUUAUAUCUACGACCAAUUCAUUUAUCUUGUUAUAUAUGUUAUUAUAAAAGCACUUAUUUAUAAAUGAAUUGAGACAUUUUAAUUUGCACAUCUUUCACUAAUAUAAUAAUUUAAUAAUUUACUUUAUCAUCAAACUUUAAAAUGGAUCUUCUUCAAUUGAGAAAUUUUCGAGACUUUCUUCUUGUAUAUAAUCAAAUAUCAGAGACUUGCUUCAAGAGAUGUGCCGAUACAUUCCUUACUAGAGAAAUAACUUCUAACGAGGAUUCAUGUAUAAAAAAUUGUACAGAGAAGCAUAUACAUGCAAAUCACAAAAUUAUGGAAUUAUAUAUGGAAAUUCAACCUAUUCUAGUUCGUAAAAGAAUAGAAGAAUUGAAUAAUCAAGCAGCAAUAAUGGCACAAUCAGAAGAUGAACAGAAAGUAGGAACAGCUAUAUCAUAAAUUAUAAUAAUAUAUUUAUUUCUAUAAAAAAUUGUACUUUCUUUAUCUACCAUAUUUAUCCAUAUCUUUAUUAAGAUUUUUAAUAUCAAAUUUAAAUAAAACAAAAAUUUCAUUGCUUUGAAUAGAAAAAAUAUUUAUGAAAUUUAAAAUACUGUAUUUAUAUAGUAAUAAGCAUUCUAAUUAAAAUUAAAUUUAAGAUUAAUAUUUACAUCAAUAA